AUGACUUUGGGCAGCAGCGGCGGCGGCGGCUGCGGGAUCAUGUCCGAGCGCUCCCCGGAGGAAGAGCCGCUCUCCGAGGUGGAGGACGCGGAUAUCGACGUGGUGGGCCCGCCCCAGGAUGGGGGCAAGUACAGCGAGGACGAGGAGGACGAGGACGAGGAGGACGAGGACGAGGAGGACGGCGGCGAUCCGCUGGGGCUGGCGCUGCCGCGGAGCGGGGCCGCCAAGGCGCGCAUGGGGGGGUCCCCGGAGCGGCUGUCCCCCGCCGGCGGAUCGGAGCCGGCCUGCGCCCGCGGCGCCGCGCCCGGGGAGAAGGCGCCCGCGGGCGGCGGCGGCGGCAGCGGCGCGGGGGGGAAGAACCCGCUGGUGAAGCCGCCCUACUCCUACAUCGCCCUCAUCACCAUGGCCAUCCUGCAGAGUCCCAAGAAGCGGCUGACGCUGAGCGAGAUCUGCGAGUUCAUCAGCGGGCGCUUCCCCUACUACCGGGAGAAGUUCCCCGCCUGGCAGAACAGUAUCCGCCACAACCUCUCCCUCAACGACUGCUUCGUCAAGAUUCCCCGGGAGCCCGGCAACCCGGGCAAGGGCAACUACUGGACGCUGGACCCCGAGUCCGCCGACAUGUUCGACAACGGGAGCUUCCUGCGCCGGAGGAAGCGCUUCAAGCGGCAGCAGCAGCUGCACCCGCCGCACCCCGAGCUGCUGCUGCGGGCCGGGGCCGCCGACCCCGCCGCCUUCCUGCCCGGCUUCGCCUACGGACCCUACGGCUACAACUACGGCCUGCAGCUCCAGGUACCCCCACCACCACCACCACCAUCCCGGUGGCGGAGGCGGCGGGCCGCGGGCGCCUUCCCCUUCCCGGCGCCGCACUGCCCGUUACCGGCUCCGCCGCCUCCCGCCGCCGCCUCCGUCUUCUCCGCCGCCUCGGGGCUGCCCUCCUUCCUGGGCGGCGAGCUGAACUGCAGGAAGUCCUUCUACCACCCCCAGCUGAGCCCCACCGCCCUGCCCGCCGCCCUCCUCCAGACCCUCAAGCCGGACCCCUCGCCCGCCGGCGGCGGCGGCGGCAGCGGCGGCACCAACCACCCCUCCCGGCCCUCUUUUUCCAUAGACAACAUCAUCGGGGGGGCCGUGCCCCCGCCGCCCAGCACCAACCCCAGCGUCGCCCCCGCCGCGCCCUACCCCGCCGGCCAGGCGGGCCCCCCGGCGCAGGUCCUGGCCGUGCUCAGCCCCGCCUUGGCCCCGGCACAGCCCCAGGUCAGCCUGGCACACGAGCCGCUUCUCCAGCCGGCCCAGAACUUUUCCAGUAAAAUCACAACCCUCAGCAGCUGUCAUUUUUAA